CAUCAGACUGGUGGUCGGCCGCGUGAGUGCUAAUUCGGGCUGGCCCGGCCCAGCCGAGAAUAGUUCUGACGUACCGAUCGCGUAACGCGGUUUAGUCCGUUCGGAACCUUCUGCUCGGUCUAUUGCGUCCGCGGUUCUCUCAGUUUCUCGGCAAAGUGUUUGACUUCCAAACCCCCUUUGGGAGUGAGCAGUGCGAGCGUACACCGGAAACGGAAAGAAACGGAACGUCUCCUCAAGAAGACUCGCUGUAUAGAGCGCCUUCUUGCUCCAGUUUGUCAGCUUUAUCUGAGUGUAUCAUGUUGUCCUUUUUUGUUCAUCCAAGAGAUAGGGGAGGGCAUCAGUGUCAGUAAGAGAGUAAAAGCGAGCCCCAAAAGAAGGUGCAAAGUCGCAGCGGACGCGUGAGGUCCUUGUGGCCGACCAUGGAGGAGAAACCACUGUUUGAGGCCAAACACUGCCUCUCGCUAAAAUGUGUACUCUUCCUGUUCUAUGGAGGUCUGGGAUGCAUCUACCCCUUCCUCCAGACCAACAUGACCCAGAAGGGUUUCGCCUACACUGAGAUCUACUCCAUCUCGGCGUUCAUCCCACUGGCUGCCCUGCUCGGUCCGUUCGUAUUUGCGCUGCUGGCAGACAAAUGGGCCACGGGCAAUGCCUUCGCGUAUGGCAAACGGUUGCGCAUUUUGACCGCCAUCACGAUCAUCGCCUCGAUGGUUCUGUAUGUGUUGCUCAUGUUCGCCGUCAGCCGUACGCCACCGCCGGAGGUGUGCGAACCGCAGGCCAGCUUCCUGUGCAACCGGAAGGGAGCGUUCAUUGUGCAGGAAAAGUGUUCCGAUAGUGGCGUGUGCCAUGAUUGGGCCGCCGACAAGAGUGGAUCGCUAAAGCUGGAAAACUGUACGUAUAGUUGCCAGCAGGAUUCUCAGUUCGAUAGCACCUGCUACGCACGUCAAGCCAAAUCGGCCCAGCUGGUGGCCGCGUUGCAGGCACAAGAAGAUGGCCAGGGUGAUGAUGGCGAUGGAGGAACGGUGCUAGAUCUGGGCAGUGGUCACGGUUCGAUCGAGCGUGACACGGACGGUGACGGCAUACCGGAUAAUCUGGAUACGGACGACGACAAUGACGGUAUUCCGGAUUCUAACGAUCCGGACUCGAGCAAUGACCUCGACGGUGACGGUAUCCCGAAUGAGCUCGAUCCGGACGACGAUAAUGACGGUGUGCCGGAUUCGGAGGAUCUGGACGAUGACAAUGAUGGCAUUCCGGACGAUCAGGACGUGGACGAUGAUAACGAUGGUAUCCCAGAUUCGCUCGAGGGCAAGGCACGCACCAAUGACCUCGAUGGCGACGGUAUCCCGAACGAGCUGGAUGAUGAUGAUGAUAAUGACGGAAUUCCGGAUGCGGAAGAUACGGACGAUGACAAUGAUGGCAUACCGGACGAGAAGGAUGUCGAUGAUGAUAAUGAUGGUAUUCCGGAUUCGCUCGAGGGCUCCGCGAGAACGAACGAUCUCGAUGGCGACGGUAUCCCGAAUGAAGAGGAUCCUGAUGAUGACAAUGAUGGUAUUCCGGAUGCGGAGGACGAUGACGAUGACAACGAUGGUAUCCCGGAUUCGCUCGAGGGCAAGGCACGCACCAAUGACCUCGACGGUGACGGUAUCCCGAACGAGCUGGAUGAUGAUGAUGAUAAUGACGGAAUUCCGGAUGCGGAAGAUACGGACGAUGACAAUGAUGGCAUACCGGACGAGAAGGACGUCGAUGACGAUAAUGAUGGUAUUCCGGAUUCGCUCGAGGGCAAAGCGAAGCUAAAUGAUUUGGAUGGCGAUGGAAUUCCGAAUGAUCAGGAUCUGGAUGAUGACAAUGAUGGCAUUCCGGAUGCGGAGGACGAUGACGAUGAUAACGAUGGUAUCCCGGAUGAUAAGGACAAUGAUGACGAUAAUGACGGUAUCCCGGAUUCGCUCGAGGGCAAACCCGUGACGCACGAUCUCGAUGGUGACGGUAUACCGGAUGAUGAGGAUCCUGAUGAUGAUAAUGAUGGCAUUCCGGACACGGAGGAUGACGAUGAUGAUAACGAUGGCAUACCGGACGCGGAAGAUGUGGACGAUGACAAUGACGGUAUCCCGGAUGUGCACGAUAAGGGUCAGCGUAGCAAGAACGAUCUCGAUGGGGACGGCAUCUCCAACGAUGAGGAUCCGGACGACGAUAACGAUGGUAUCCCGGACGAUCAGGACAGUGAUGAUGAUAAUGACGGAAUCCCGGACGCGGAUGAUGAGGAUGAUGAUAAUGAUGGCAUAGCGGACAACCAGGAGACGGUGAUCGUACCGACGGCGAUCGUGUGUGCGGAUGCUGAUGAGGAGGACGAGGUGUGCCAUACCUACACCCAGGGUAGCAUCGCGCUGAAGGCCACUUUCGAUGAGCACAGUGAACGCGACGAGGGUGACGAGUGUAGCUAUCCGUUAGAUGGCUUCAGAUGUCCGCUCGAUAAGGCCUGGAUAAAGGCACAGCCCGUUGGCUGCAA